AUGCAGUUCUCCACCGCUCUCGUCGCCAUCUUCGCCUCCGUCGCCUUUGCCGCGGCCCCCAUGGGCGGCCCUGCCAAAGCCUCCGGCGGUGCUGAUGCCAAGGCUACUGGUGCCAGUGACGCCGCCAAGGGUGCUCCUGACGGUCUCAAGAAGUGCCUCGCCAAGUGCGAGGACGGAAAGGGCGCCGUCUCCGAGGCCAUCAUGUGCCUCAAGAAGAACUGCGGCCCGGCUCUCGGCGCCGUGACCGCUGGUGCCGAGGCCAAGGCUACUGGUGGUGCUGAUGGCGCUGAUGUCGGCGCCGGCGGCAAGGCUGGCAACAAGGCUGCCAUGCCCAUGAUGUCCAUGUCCAUGCCCCCCGGUCUCAAGGAGUGCUCUUCGAAGUGUGCCGACAAGAAGGACGCCCUGGACAAGGCUCUCAAGUGCCUCAGGAAGGAGUGCUCUGGUGCGCUCAGCUCUAUGAAGCCUCCUGGUGGUCCCAAGGCCACGGCCAGUGCUGGUCUCGAUGCGGGUAAUGCCGCCGGCGACGCCGCUGGUGCUGCUGGUGAUGCCGCCAAAAAGGGUGGUCUCUAA